AUGGCCGACACUUGUAUUGUGUGCUUAGGAGACCUUGGCGAAAGCGCCAGCGAUCCUCUUGCCAUCGCCGCCGAGGCCGUGCCAAGACCUGACCUUCAAGUAGAAGGCAAGUCAAGUGACGCUUCUACCAAAACAGGCGGCGUGGAUGACAGUGAGGACGCAGGUCAAAUCGCCCAGCUACUCCCUUGCGGUCAUAUUCUACACAAUAAUUGCCUAAAACCAUGGGUCGAAAGGGCCAACAGUUGUCCUAUAUGUCGUCGCAGCUUCAACCUAGUGGAGCUGAGUGAUCGACUCGGAGGUCCUGUCAUCUCAUCAUAUGCGGUAGAGGACCGAGUUCAAGUGGCCGAUGUCGAUCCCUCAAUGGUCAUCGAUUAUGUAGACGAUGAUUUGGCUGACUUUCAACCUUGUCUGAUUUGUGGGGAUGCGGACAACGAAGAGCUGCUCCUUCUUUGCGAUGGCUGCGAUGCUCCGUCACAUACCUACUGCUUGGGGCUCGACGAUGUGCCAUCUGGACCCUGGUACUGUUCGCGGUGCCAAACCCAACGUGCCCGAGCAUUGUCGCCCGACACCGCUAGAUCUGUCAGGGCGCAUGAAAGGCGAUCUCGUCGCACGAGAGCACAGCAGCGCAGACUUCAAAGCAGGAAUCAGAUGAACUCUCUCCACUGGGCGCGAGUGUGGCAAUCUGUUUGGGAUCAUUUGAACCUGGACCUGGACUUUCCAUUCGACGAUGAUGGGGCUACUGAGCGUGCCCUCCAACAACAGCGCCGAGAGGAAGCCAAUCAACGAGAGUUUCGAGCUUGGCAACGCCGGUUCGAGGUUGCUGAGCGGCAAGGCGGCAGCAACCGGUUUCGGGACACUGCUGCUCUUCUUGACAUCGAGGCGCCACGGCCAUCACGGCCUCGCGUCCCAAGAGAACCGACCCCUGAACCGGAAUCUCUCGAAGAGAUGAGGGCUUGGAAUGCCUUUGAACGAGCUCGUGAAAUUGAAAACAACCCGAGUGCAGCAAGAAAGCGCAAGGAACCAACACUAUCCCCUUCACCGGAGCCUACCGAGCCGGAGCGGAAGCUCAAACGUCCACGGACCCGUCGGCCGCAAGAGCUAGCGGCUCUAGCCCUCCAAAACGGCGAGUCCUCAAGAGCUGCUGCGCAGGCUUCUGCUCGAAUCAAUGCUGAAGGUUCCAGCGAGCCCAGCUUCCUUCAGUCUCUCCUGAAAGAAGUAGAAGAGGCAUCGAAUCCCAGCGGUAGCAAUUCGCAUGGCCCAUCUGCGCCGGUUUCGGUUGCUCCCACGGACCACAGCACUAUCGGUCCAUCCUCUCCCUCCAUUUCGCCUGCUCCUUCCAAUCACUCUUCCCCUCGACUUUCAUCUACAACGCCUCCUCCAUAUCCGCGCAGCAGGCCCAUCUCCCCCAUACAACUUUCGUCGCCAACAGAUCAUUCGUCUCCUCCCUUCUCGCCGAUUAACGACACCCGGGAAACAACACCAUCGAACGUUGGGUCAAGCCGCCCACGUUCUCGAAUUCCUAGGGCAGCACUACGGUUUUCAGCACGGUCAACUGAAACCUCGCCCACUCGCCCUGGUCUAUCUCUGGCGGUCAAAUCCGAUAUUCAAAAGCUGGUUGGAGGAGCACUCAAACCGUAUUACCGUUCAAAGGUGGUCUCGAAGGACCAGUACACGGAUAUCAACCGUACUAUUUCGCGAAUGCUAUACGAGCGAGCGGGAAAUGCGCAGUCCCUAGACACCGAGGCCAAGAAUAGCUUUGAAAAAAUUGCCGCCGAGGAGGUUAAAAAGGCAAUUGAUGGUCUCCGAACGAAGGAUGAAGACUCCCUUGCGGAUAGUAGCUCUUAA